AUGGUUGCAUGGAACGAUGCCCUGGAGCGAUGUGCAAUGGGCCGCAGGCUGUGUGUGACAUCCAAAGGAUUCAUUGGAAUGGUCACACCGAGAACUGAGAUCAGUGAUGAGAUUGCGUUGAUUUUUGGUGCAGCAACGCCGUUUGUUAUUCGACAUCCGAAUGGUCGCUGCGAUGGCAGCAAAGAGUGCAAGUUACCUUUCCUCUUCGUCGGAGAAUGCUACGUACAUGGAAUCAUGGAUGGGGAAGCUUUCUCACAUAUUGUGCCAUCGAAUGGUAGCCGCCUCGCGUUCGUUUAG